AUGCGUUUAGGUCGUGCAGCUUGGAUCGGUUUAAAUACAGCCUCAUAUAUAUGUGAAUUAGUAUUUCUGUGUUUGGCAAUCGCAGCACAAAUUUCACCAGAUUGGGCUGUUUACGAUGUUACAUAUAUUGGCCUUAUUGAUGAUUAUAAUCAAUUAAGUCGUUCUCGUGGAUUAUGGAAACAAUGUAUUACUAACGAAAUAGUAAGUACAUCAUACAAUGGUCAAUGUUAUCCUCUGGAAAAUUGUGAAGAAUUUAGCAGCUACAAUGAUAAUGUUCUACCAAUAUUUUGUUUAAUUUAUUUCAUCAGUCUUCUGAUAUAUUACGAAAAUAUGUCGCAAGAAAAUUAUCGACUAGAUACUGAGCUAAAAUCAGCCAGAUCUGCAUGGACAACGACUGUUCGUGACAAUACGGUAUAUUCACCUGGUGGUAUGAUACCUAUGGCUUGGUCAGCUUGUUUACUUAUCUAUGCUGGUAGUAUUUUACAAAUGAUAGCAAGUGCUAUACAGCAACCUCCAGUUCGAGAGAAUUAUUCAUUGUAA